UGUUCUUUAGUCAGUCUAACAAAUCAACAACCUCACCUCAACAUGAAGUGCAUCGCUAUCAUCGCCACCGUCGCCUGCCUGCUGGCCGUCGUUGCCGCCGACAAGGACGACAAGAUGCUCGGCUCAUCCUACGGAGGUGGCUACGCCAAGCCUGCCGCACCAGCAUCUUACUCUGCCCCCGCUCCUGCAGCCUACUCCGCCCCAGCUCCAGCUGCUUACUCUGCCGCUCCUGCUACCUACUCCGCCCCCGCUCCGGUCUCCAUCCCGGCCCCGCCUUGCCCCAAGAACUACCUCUUCAGCUGCCAGCCCAACCUGGCCCCAGUCCCUUGCAGUGCUCCAGCUCCGAGCUACGGAUCCGCCGGCGCCUACUCACAGUACGCCCCCGUCUACGCCCACCAGUGGUAAACAUAUCCAUGGAACCACAUUUCGACCGAUCGACACGACACUUGCAAUGAUCUACAAAAAUAUAAUUUAUGUUAAAGCAUA